GGAUAAAAAUUGGCAGUUAUUCUUUUGUUAUGCACGUUUACUUCGCGUUGGUGUUAUUAUAGAUAUUCUUAAACUUGUUUGUAUGAAACUGUGUCAUACGAAGCAAAUCCAUCUUUCUUUUGUUUAUAAAUAACCUGUAACCGGAACAAGCUUUCUGCCCCACACCGUCUGUAGGUGCGCGGACGCCGCUCGGCAGUCUCUCUGCGACCUCCGCAACGCACGCAAGCGUACAAGCUCCGCUACAAACAAAACAUUUCUUAACUUGAGUAAACAAAUAUGAUCGCGUGAACAUGUCGUUCUGUAGAAUCACUGGCCGCAGCCGCGGGCUGCCCAAGCCGCACUACUUCCCGGUUCUCGCUCCGAUCUCCCCUGCGGACGCCAAGCGGUGCUGCAGGAUCACCGGAAAAUCUUACGGACUGCCUUCUCAUCACUACAUUCCAGUGCUUCUGACCUCCCGCUCCGGCAGUAAGAAGUGCAAAAUUACCAACGUCUCCGGCGAACUCGGCCCGCACCACUACGUUCCAGAAAUUCACUACGGCAACAGAAAACAUGACAUUCUACCGGACUUCAGAUAUAUUUUCCCCGUGCUGGACGGCUCGACGGAGGCGCAAAAGGCUUUAAUGGAUAUGCUGCUGACGAAACAUGUCAAUGACGACAAACGUUAUGUGUAUACGGUACAAGAAAGAAGAUGCAGUUUAGUGUUCUCCGCUCAAAUGGAGCAGGCAGUGCGCGACGGUGACGUUAGAGACGUGAUGUUGGCGAAGGAUUCGGACACAGUGCUAAUAAAAACGAAACAGGGCCGCAGUGUCUCCAUGGACUUUAAGGAUUUCACAGAAGACGUUGAAAUGUACGAAGGCGAAGGACCUAAUGCAGAGGUGCUAUUGCAAAGGGAAAAGGAAGAAUUAGCGGAAAGAAAGAAGAAGAGGAAACGCGCCGCUGGAUUAUCUUCAAUGAAGAAAAUAUUUGAAAACAAAGAAAAGCUGGCUGAAGUACAAGAGUUGGAAGAGGAAAAGCUUAGGCAAGAACGCCUCGCCAAAAAGGCUAAAUUUGACAAUAAACACGAAAAGCAUGACGUUAAAAGCUUCGGUUGUAACAAUUUCGAUGUGAGCCAUAUGCGCUCUAAGUCAAGUAUAGUUAGUUGCACCGCCGAGUGGACGGAGCGAAUGCAUCCGUUAAUAGAAUCGUGGGACUGGGAGCUGUUUGAAAAGGAAGCGGGUAAUAAACAAGUAAUCUCAACGACAACCCAAUUGCCGACACCUGUUAAAAUAACCCCGUAUCACUGUGAAGCUGAGAUUUACGAGUCUGAACAAAAUAUUAGCGAUUUGUCGAUUCCGCUGGAAAGUGUACCGUGUGUGAACCCCCUUAAAGUUCCAAAGGAACGUCCGUCCGAAACAAUCCUAAAUGCAGUGAAAGAAUUGAGCGAGGAGCGUUUGAAUGAAACUAUGAAUAUCGAAGAGAAAUUACUUUCUGAAAACAAGGUCGACAUGCUUCCGUCGUUGGAUAUAUUACCGGAUGUUAUUAAGAAUAUAAAGAAGGGCAAGAGAGAAAAAAUAGCUAAAGUUUCUGGUUUGACGAUAGACAUAAACAAAGCGAAAAAGUUUAUCCCCGGACAACAUGUCAAUACACCACAGGGUCCAGUAUUUGUUCCGGGCCAGACUGUGGAAACUCCAAUUGGUCCUUUGUUUGUUCCCGGGCUUAGUGUGAAUACGCCCGAUGGUCCAGGGCUUAUACCGGGACAUAUUGUCACAAACGAAAAUACCAAUGAACCUUUGUUCCUCGCCGGGCAAGUGCUGCAAACUUCAAACGGAGAGGAAUUCGUAUGUGGACAAGUAAUGAAAAAUAAAGAUAAUGGACACAGCUUCACAGAAGGUCAAACAGUCGUAUCUGAAGAAGGCUUGAAAUUUGUACCAGGAAAAGUACUACACAGCGGCUCCGAAGAAAUAUUUGUACCUGGCCAAACGAUAAUGACCCCGGAAGGCGUUCAGUUUAUUCCCGGACAAACUAUGACUGACAGCAAAGGAGUUAUUUUUACACCUGGGCAAAACGCAAAGAUAAAUAAUGACUGGCAAUUCGUGCCAGGACAGGUCGUGCAUCAAGAUGAUGGAUUACAGUUUGUGCCCGGUGCAACAAUAGCGACACCAAACGGACUGAAGUUCGUACCGGGUCAAACCGUUUCCGUCGACGGUGAAACGAUCUUUGUACCCGGUAUCACAAAAACAACCAGCAGCGACAGUUUACAAUUCGUUCCGGGCACCACAGUGGAAACAAUCGAUGGACCGAAAUUUAUUGAAGGUCAGAUAGUGCACACCGAAUAUGGAGAAAAGUUUAUGCCCGGCAAAACGAUAGUAGAAACUAAUGGACACGUAGAGUUUUCAGUUGCAAAGUCUGUGGAAGAUAUAACGUUCUCAGAAUCUGCUCCAACUGGAUUACCAAUCGAUAUCAAAACAUGCUCUCUGUCUGAGGAGUCCUUGUAUGUGUUUGGACACAUGGUGCAAACAGCGAAGGGCAUUGAAUUUUACCCCGGCCCAAGGAUGCCGAAUAUUGAUGGCAAGGUUGUCCCCGGUCGCCUCGUUAAGAAUGAAUUAAACCAGUCACGCUUCGUUCCUGGAAUGAUGGUUGAAGGUGUUUUUGUUCCUGGACAAAUAGUUUUCACUGAAAAUGGAGAACAGUUUGUCCCGGGUCAAGUGGUCGAUACUACUGAUGGACCCAAAUUUGUUCCUGGGCAAGUAGUUAACACAAGAAAUGGACCAAAGUUUGUGCCAGGUCAAACUAUUCAUACUAUUGAUGGGCCCCGUUUUGUACCAGGACAAAUCAUUGAAACAAAAGCUGGUCCAACUUUCAUACCUGGCCAAGUUAUUUCUACAGAAGAUGAAGGGUCCAGGUUCGUCCCAGGUCAAGUGGUUGACACUGAAGAAGGACCUAGAUUUGUUCCUGGAAGAGUCAUUGAAACUGAUGACAAUGGAGUCACGUUCGUGCCUGGACAAAUCGUUCAAACUCCUGAAGGCCUCAAAUUCAUUGCCCCUGAUCUAACAGAAGGUGAAGAAGGUCUUGAGUUCUCCGUACAAAGCUUUGUUGUCACUCCAGAGGAGUUAAAGUUAUUGAAAGUCAAAACGAAUCCAAAUGAUACUACUUCAACUAAAGGAGAGUUGAGUAUUGAUACCAAGAUGUUAAGACAGCUUUCCGAAGCAGGAAUGUCUAUUGGAAGACAAGUACCAGCAGACUUACCUGCUAUCAGUGUAAUUUUAAACCACACACGUAACGUUGAAGCCUUGAAGGCAUUUGUCACUGAUUAUGGACUUAAAGAUGAAAUAGCAAACCAAUUGAUGGAUGUGAUUACGUCAAUCAUAGAAAUGAGUGCCCAUUUGAAAUCUGAACUACACGAAAAUGAUGAAGAAAAAAUAAAUGACAGGAAGACUAGAGUUAAUAAGAAAAGAUUAGAAAUGCAGGAAACUGGAUAUGUUGGUGGUAAUGGCCAAGGUGCGCAACAAGAACAUGUCAAAAAUUCUAUAGCGGCAGCAGUCUUGGCUGCUCUAGUCACUGCUGAACAAUUCGAAGAGAUAAACAACAAUAACGGCAGGGAAAAGUAUAAACUAAUCUUAAAAUCUAUUGAUACCAUUUUAGGAAAAACCAUAGACGAAGACUUAGUUUCUGCUAUGUUCGAAAUUUUACAAAAAAAUGAAGACAAAGAAUUCUUGUGUGAAGAAAUAUUGGAAAAUACGACACAGCCAAAAGUAGAAUUGAUCAAAAUUGCAAUUAACAGCUCCUUGCAGAAAAAUGCGAUCAGUGAAGAAGAAAUAAUUGAGAAAUUUGGUGAUUUCCUGAGCAGUGAACAUGAGGUUUUAGGACCGGCUUUCAAGAAUAUCACUAAAAACGACACAAAUAUCUUACACCAUGUUUUGAGCCAUAUUUCAGACUCGAUCUCGUUUAUCAAAACUGAACAUGAAGCCGCAGAGACACUCCAAAAAGCUAUUGUAUCUGCCGUACAAGAGGCGAGUGCAAAGGAAUUAGAAAUUCUAAUAAAUGACACAGAAAGUAAAAAUUUGAAAGAAUUAAUAGCUCAAUGUGUUGGUUUGGCGAAAAUUCUCGGAAUGCGCGACGUUGCCGCUAGUCUCUUGUCAUUUGCGAACGACGAACAAUGUUUAUCUAAAAUAGCAAGCGACCCAACGAGUCUAAACAUUUUGAAACGCCUGACAGUCAUGCGGAAACUCGCAGACAAAACACCAAGCUUACACUCCGCUUUAAAGAAAUUGGAGACUGACCCAGAACUGGCUCGAACAGAUCCCAAACUACGGGAUCUGGUGAGAGAAAGUGGUGCACUCAUGAUCGUUCCUGAGCCGGCUUUGAUGACAUCGGCAGAUGUGCCAUUAAGUUUGCUCGAUCCUGAAAAUAGCUUAGCCAUGGAAGAUUUUCUUUUGCAACAUAAAAAGCAUAAAGGAGCUUUAUUGAUAAUGAAGAGAGGUCUCCAAUGUGUCAUUCCUAGAGAAGCUAGCCGAGCUGUAUUGUCCGGACAAGUAGGUUACACAGUUCUUGACGAAAGCGGAAUCCGACAUUUCGAGCCUUUGAGCGUCUUUUCUGCCUUAAAUUUGAGUCAACCUACAGCAAACCGUUUUUCAAUGUACAGUUGUCUUAUCGCUGAUAAUCAUGAGGAAGAUUCAGAAGACUUAACAGGAUACUGUAAUGGUAUAACCAAUAACCAGCGGAUCAGAUUAGGCGGAUGGUCAAGCGGGAGUCGCAGAUACAGCGGCGUUUUACUCGAUAGAGAAAAUACUAGGAAUCGGAUGAGUAGUCUGGAUUACACGCCAAGUUACAAGCGCUACCCCUCGAGAUCUCUCUCAAGAUCGAGAUCUAGUUGUAGCAGAAGUCCUUCUAAGGUCGAAGACGUAGUGGUAGCCACGAUAGACUACACGGCAACAGCCGACGACGAAGUCUCUCUAAAAGCCGGAGAUAUCGUAGAGGUUCUCGACACGAAGGCAGCCCUCGGAUCAAAGGCGCGCCUGAACGACCCUGGUCUGGACCUGGACGUGGAACUCCUGGACUCCAGCGCAGCGAAACACAAGGCCGCAGUCAGGCCGAAGAAGAACCAUCCGAAAGUCAAGAGUGGGAAGACUGAGGAAAGGAAUGAUGACAGAUGGAUGGUCCGAGUGCUGGAAGACGUGGAUGCCGGCGAGAUCCGAUCUCGGCAGGGGCUGGUGCCGGCCAGGGUGCUCCGGGACACCAGGGCAGCGGAACGAGAUACCACAGCAUCAGCUGCAAGGCGACAAGCCGUGGUCCGCGAGCUGAUUGAGACAGAAGAGGAAUUCGGCCGAGACAUCCAGCAAGUUGUCUCCCAAUACAUGCGACCUAUGGACAAAGCGACGACACCCAAACCAGUGUUCGACAACAGGGAGCUGUUGUUUUCUAACUUCAGGCAGAUUGCGGAGUUCCAUAACACGAUACUUCUAGAAGGCAUCAAAUACUACGCGAGCGAGCCUCGCAUGCUCGGCCGAGCACUCCUGCGCAUGGAGCGGGAAUUCGACAAGCACGUCGCGUACUGCCGCGACGAGCCGCGAGCGCAGCAUCUGCUCGAGAACGACCCUAACGUGGCCAAGUACUUCCAGGAUCUAGCUGACGACCUCGGUGACGACAAGGGCAUCACCGAGCAUCUGAAGCUACCGAUACAGCGGAUCAACGACUACCAGCUUCUUCUAAAGGAGCUUGUAAAAUACUCCAAACGCCUCGGCGAAGAUUGCACGGACCUCCAGAAAGCUCUAGAACUCUUCCUUGGUGUUCCCAACCGCGCCACCGACAACAAAUUUAUUGCGAGCAUCGAAGGUUACCGUGGUAACAUCUUCAAGCUUGGCCGACUUCUCACCCACGACUGGUUCACCGUCACCGACUCCGAAGGCAAGCAUAAGGAGCGCUAUCUCUUCCUCUUCAAGGCUAGGAUCCUCAUCUGCAAAGUCAAGAGGGUCUCUGAUGAUAGAUCCGUCUUCGUGCUUAAGGAUAUUGUAAAGCUACCAGAAGUCGAGGUUGACGACCUUUCGGCUGAACCGCUCAAGUUUAAGCUUCACCAGAAAUCGCCCCCGCUGUCCGUGACCUUAGCGGCCCACAAAGAGCAGGUCAAGCACAACUGGCUGAAGGAGAUCUUGCAGAACAUCAGCGACGUCGUUGCAUUAGCCGAGCACGCAGCCGAUGACUUACAAUUAUUAACACCAGAAGCAGCUACUCCAGCAGAAGUAGCUUCUCCAGAAGCAGCUUCCCCGCAAGCCGCUUCUCCAGAACCAGCAGAAGAGAAGAAGAAAAAGCGAGAGCACGCUAAAGACGCAAAAGCAGCUGAGGUCCAAGAAAAACGGUCCAAAGUUGAAGCAGAAAAGCAGUCUAAGGUUGAAGAUAUAGAAGUUGAAGAAGUCCUUACAAAAGAACAAUCUCUUCAACAACUAAAAGCCAAGAGAAAGGCAUCUUUAGAAAGCGAGGUAGCCAAAAAACUUUCAAAGACCGAAACCAGUGAACUUCUUAGUGAAGUACAAGAAAUCACCAGCGCACAAAGUGAACUCACAUCAGGUUUAGAAACUAAAUCAUCUGUGAGCCACGAAAGUUCUAAAGUUAGCGAGUCAGUCAAAACUGCUAAGAAGGCGGGUAAGGCAGAGAUUAUAGAAGAAAGUGUUGAAUCAUCAGUCACUUCGAAAUCGUCUGUCCGCGUGACAUCACUUGAAGAGAGUUCGCACGAAAGUGUAGUUCAAAGUUCAACUGUUGAAUCAACUGUUCACUCUUCAUACGAGGCCAGCUCUGAGAAGCAAUCUGCUCAAUCAUCAUCUGUCGAACAAAAAUCAUCAGUUUCGUCAGUGGAAGCUUCCAGAGUCGAUCAGACGUCAUCAGAGGCGACUGUUGUCGAAAGAAAAUCUUCAUUGACCUCUGCAUCACAAAAAACUUCAGAAAGGUCUGCUGCUGAGCGAAAAUUAUCGCAGGAAUCAGUAGUUGCUGCUGAACGCAAAUCAUCACAAGAGUCAGUAGUUUCCGCUGAUCGAAGAUCGUCACAAGACUCGGUUGUCGAAAAACACUCAGCGCAAGCUAGCGUUGAGAAAACAUCAUUACAGGCGACCACAGAUGAACAAAAAACCACAUCAUCUAGUCAUCUAGUUAAGAAAUCUGUAAUCUCAUCAAAGCAAAAAUCACAAGAAUCCGUCCAAAAAACUUCUGCACAAUCUGAAGAAAAAACAGAAGAGAAAACUGUUGUAGGUAGUGUACAAGAAGGAGCUACUGUAGAGAGUAAGGCAGAGGUAAAACAAUCCGAACAAAGAUCUGAAGAGAAAACUAACGCUCGAGAGAGUGUAAAAGAAGGAGCUACUGUAGAGAGCAAGGCAGAGGUAAACGCCGCCGGUGGCGUUACUACUACUGAAGAAGGCAACGCAAACGGUCAAACUGUAGAAGAAGACGAAAUGUCGAGAUAUACCCGCAGUUCGCGGCUGUCUGGAGAAUACUCCAGCAGCGCCCGCAAACUAUCAAGUGGAGGUCGCUAUGAAUCCUCCUCCUACGAGAGCUCCGGCUACUCUCGUCGCGAAAGCGGCUCCAUUGAGGGCAGCACUCGCUACGAGUCCGCCAAGUAUUCCAGCUCCAUUGAAGGAAGCAAGUAUGGCGCCGAAGGAAGCAAAUAUGGCGUAGAAGGAAGCAAAUAUGCCGCUGAAGGAAGCAAAUAUGGCGCAGAAGGAAGCAAAUAUGGCGUAGAAGGAAGCAAAUAUAGCGCCGAAGGAAGCAAAUAUGAAAUCGAGUCCGAGUCCACCAGCAAACUCGACAGCAUCGCUGCCAAAUACGGCCUCGGCAAUAGCACCAGCAGGACUGAAUCUUCCAUCGAGUCCAGCUACGAAACCGCCAGAAACGGCGAAAGCAAAUACUCCAAGAUCGCCAAUGGCAGCAUAAGCACCGGGGAAUACCAGUCAACCAGGGUAAUCAAGUCCGAAUCUCAGGACGGAAAACCGGUAUUCACCAAGACUUUGGAAGGCCAGAAUAUUGAGCCCGGCGAAAAUGCCUCCUUCGAAUGCUCGCUCCGUUCUUCGGAAGCCGUCAAAAUCACUUGGCUUAAGGACAACAAGCCUUUAACGGACCGUCUCAUGGACCGAGUGACCAUCACCAACGAAGCCCAUGACCAUAAGCUGGAGAUUCUGCACUGUAUGGAAGAUGAUUCGGGGACGUAUACUGCGAGGGCUGAGAACCCUAAGGGAAACUCGCAUUGCACGGCGCAGUUGGUCGUCUCUCAGUUGACAGAUGAGGAACGCAGGGAGCGUAACGCUCUUAAUGCUCCGUACUUCAUCGUAGCACUGAAAGAUACUGAGAUAAUGGAGAACACGUAUCUGCGCUUCAUGGUCAAGGUCAAGGGAGACCCCAACCCGGAAGUCAAGUUCUUCCGUGACGGCAAAGAGAUCAAGGCAUCUUCGGAUUCCGACCGCGUCUCCAUCGUUCGCACCCGCGCUGAGAAGGGGUUCUUCGAACUGGUCAUCGCUGACGUCGUCCCUUCAGAUGCUGGGGUCUACUCCUGCCGGGCUAUGAACAUCUAUGGCGAAUGCUCUACUGAAGCCAGAGUUACUGUCGUUGAUGACAAGAACAUAUUUUUCGAACUGGCGCCUGGUGGUGAAGGUCUUCUGACCAAAGGAGAGAAACCGAGCUUCACAUGGAAGCGAGACGGAGUGGAUUUCGAUCCUGAAGAGAGAUUCAAGGUGUUAUUGGGAGACGACGAGGAUUCUCUCGCGCUGGUGUUCCAGCACGUGAAGCCAGAAGACGCUGGGCUUUACACCUGCGUAGCCAAGACCUCUACUGGCAACAUCUCCUGUUCCGCUGAGCUUACAGUCCAGGGUGCCGUGACAGUUCUCCAACGUGAGCCCGAGAAGCCUAAACUGGUGAUCGAACACAAAGAGGCCAUCGUGUCCAUCGGGGCGUCCGCAAUGAUUGAGCUUACAUGCAAGGGCUUCCCCAAGCCCGAAAUCGUGUUCAAGAAGGAAGGGAAAGUGGUGGAAGCUGAUGCCAGGCACAAGUUCCUCUACGAAGACGAUGAGACCAUGUCCAUCGUGAUCAAGAACGUGACGAGCGAAGAUGCCGGCACAUACCACGUGACUGCCUCCAACGAGCUCGGAGAAGAUACUACCACUCUGCAGCUCAUCGUCAAGGCUGCGCCUAAGAUUAAAAAGAAGAUUGAGAAUCAGACUUGCACAGUAUCUGCGACCCAUACCGUGACCAUCGAAAUCGAAGGCACCCCGGCGCCCGAAGUGUCCUUCUACAAGGACGGCGUGGAGAUCAGAAGCUCGGAGCGCAUCCAGAUCGUCAAGGAGUCUGAUGAGGUCUACAAGAUCACCAUUAAGGAUGCCAAGCUGACUGAUGCUGGCUCCUACUCCGUCGUUGCUAAGAACGAAGUGAACCAAUGCAGUGAAUUCUGGCAAUGGCAAGUCACAUCCGCGCCCAAGAUCACCAAGAAACUGGGCGAGACCAAGAUCUGUGACGAGAAGGAGACCGUCACCUUCAAAAUCGAGACCGAAGCUGAACCAGCGCCGGAAGUUAAAUGGUUCAAGAACAAAGUGGAGAUGCAGGAGUCUUCAACAGUGAAGUUCUCAUCAUCAAAGUCUGCGCACAGUCUUGUGAUCACGUCGGCUGCCAGAGCCGAUUCCGCAGAGUACUCUUGCGAGGUGCGCAACGUCCACGGCACAGUCACGGACGAGUGCAGCCUGCGCGUGCGCGGCGCUCCCAUCUUCACGCAGAAACUCAAGGACACAGUGGCGGCUGAAGGCGAUGCCAAUGUGGAAUUCACUGUCGAUGUGGUGGCAUACCCUGAGCCUCAAGUGAAAUGGUACCGAGGCGACGUAGAAAUCUCGGAGAAGAAGUCCGUGUACUCCCGCGUGGACAACGGCAGCACGCACAAGCUGAUUCUCAAGGAGGUGACUUCGGAGCUCUCUGGGCAGUACUCUUGCAAGGUUUCCAAUGAUCUGGGAGAAGAUUCCUGCCAGGCGACGUUUACUGUCAAGAGGAAGCCUCGUAUCACCAAGAGCCUCGUCGACAUGACGGUGGACAAAGGCCAGACCCUGAAGCUCGAGGUCGAGGUGGAGGGCUGCCCAGAACCCAAGGUCAAGUGGUACAAGGAUGGCAAGGAGAUCACCACUGACGCGAGGAUCAGGAUCGAGAGGGAUACCCAGAGACUAGAAAACUACAAUCUGACAGUGACUCUAGUGAAAGAGGAAGAUGGUGGCGAGUACGAAGUGAGGGCAGAGAACGAGAUGGGCAACGUAUCGUCCAAGAGCACAGUCACUAUACACACAAAGUUAAUACAUACAAGACUAUCAAAGGAAAUUAUCGAAAAUGAAUUAGAAGAAGAAACGAAAAAACCUCUCUUGGAAGAAGAUGUGUCUGAAAAACAGGCGGCGGUAAAAGAUAAAACUAAAGCAGAAACGGCUGAGGAGAAAUCAUUCUGGGAUGAGGACGAUGGUGCUAAAGCUAAAACGCCAGGUGCUAAAGAAGUGGAUGAUUCAAAACCAGGAAAAGCUAAGAAAUCAGCGACGGAACCUGAAGUUGCUGAGGAGAAAUCAUUCUGGGAUGAGGAUGAUGGUGCUAAAGCUAAAAAAUCGAAAGCUAAAGAAGUCGAUGGUUCGAAACCAGAGAAAGCUAAGAAAUCAGCAACAGAGCCUGAAGUUGCCGAGGAGAAAUCUUUCUGGGAUGAGGAUGAUGGCGCUAAAGCUAAAAAACCAGGUGCUAAAGAAGUAGAUGAUUCAAAACCAGAGAAAGCCAAGAAAUCUGCAACAGAACCUGAAGUUGCUGAGGAGAAAUCUUUCUGGGAUGAGGAUGAUGGUGCUAAAGCUAAAAAACCAGGUGCUAAAGAAGUGGAUGAUUCAAAACCAGAAAAAGCUAAGAAAUCAGCAACGGAAUCUGAAGUUGCUGAGGAGAAAUCAUUCUGGGAUGAGGAUGAUGGUGCUAAAGCUAAAAAAUCUAAAGCUAAAGAAGUCGAUGAUUUGAAACCAGAGAAAGCUAAGAAAUCAGCAACAGAACCUGAAGCUGCCGAGGAAAAAUCAUUCUGGGAUGAAAAUCACAAUGAAAAUGAAAAACAGCCGAUCAUUGAAGAGGUGGAAGAGAGCCAAGUUGGUAAGAAAGAAGUCACCAAGCCUGAAAUCAUAGAAGAAAUCCCCGUGGAAGAAGACUUUGUAACUCCCAAAAAAGCUACAAAGAAAUCCGCUCAAGAACCUUUGAGUGCAGAAAGUGAAGGCCGCGUGUUCGAAACAGUAACGACCUUCAAGAGCGGCGAUGAUGGCAGUAUAAUUAUGUCUAAAGUCAGUAGCACCAGGUCUCACGGCGCGAUCAUUACAGGUCCAGCCGAAACUCGAACGUUACACAAAAUGACAUCCACCGCAGUAUAUUACGAUGAUGACGACUUUAGCAGAAGGAUUAUACCCCCUAACAAACCACAUAAGACAUCUUUAGAAGUAGAAGAGAUUGCUAGUCACAGUUACUUUUUAACUGAACUUGGGCAGUUCACAAUUCCUGAUCAUGUACGUAGAGGCGUUUACGGUAUCAUUGAAGAACCAGCAACAGAUUCUGAAUGUGAGAAUAGCUCUGUUAGAGGCAGACAUCAAUCCAAUCGGACCAUGUCUAUUAGAUCUGACUCAGAAGAUGAUACUAGCUGGCAAAAUGAACCACUGUCCAGAGAAAUCUCCAUUGAAGACCUUUCUAAAUCCAUAUUCGAUAUCGAUGAAACUAGAAAAGUUUUCAGCAAAGAUUCGUACGUACGCCAAUCAUCGUUCCAAGAAGAAUUUUUCACAGAUGAUGGGGAAGAAUCCUUUGUCGUCAAAGAAACUUCACAAAAAGUCUACGAAAAUGACAUAACAGAAAGACUAAUCAAUAUUUCGAGGGAGUUUGAUGACGAAUGUAGAAACAUUGAAAAUAAAAUUGAAGAUGUCAAAAGUAGAAUAAUGGAGGAACUAGUUCUUGCGCCCUUGAAGAACUUAGAUAACUUAACGAAAAAUGUAACAGAAACUAGUUUUGAAAGGAAGAAAAGGCAUGUUCCUAAUCUUCACGCUGUAGAAGAAGAGGACGACGAACUAGAAGCGCUUUUGAGACGUAGUCAACGCCAAAGGAGUAUUCUAGACGAUAUACUUAAUCAAGAAGAUGAAAAAGCGCCCCCCAUAGUCAAAGAUAGCAACUUCAAAGACCAGAGCGUCUACGAGUCUCUCCCUCUGAGCUAUUCAGUCACGGCCAUCGGAGUACCCAAACCUACUGUGCGCUGGCUCCACGACGGCAAAGAAGUGAAGCCCUGCAAGCGAGUCCACAUCUCCAACGAAGGGGACGUCUACAAACUCGAGAUCGACAAUCUACUAAUGUCUGAUGGUGGCAAAUGGCAGUGUGAGAUCAGCAACGACGUUGGCAAGAAGGUGCUGAAGGCUGAAUUAUCUGUUGCUUCUGUCAGCGAAUUCCGCAAGCCGAUCUUCACCACGCCUCUCGAAGCCCAGAGAGUGAUGCAACGCGAACCAGUCACCAUGAAGGCUGUCUGCACAGCCGAUCCUCAACCUCAUGUGUCCUGGCUGUUGAACGGCGUGGAACUUACCCCUGAUGCUACGGUGGUGACGACCGCCGAUGCGAAGGAAACCGAGCAUGGACUGAAGGAGUGCACGUUCACCCUUUCUAUACCCACUGGUCGCCACUCCGACACCGGCGUCUACACCAUCCAAGCUAAAAACCAGUACGGCGUUGGUGAGAGCUCAGCGCGUCUGGACAUUCUGCUGCGUCCUGAGAUCGAGGGUCUCAAGGACAUCACCACUACGCCUUUCGAGCAGAUCACAUUCGUCGCUUGCAUCCAUGCUAAUCCCAUUGCUGAAGUCAAAUGGAGCAAAGAUGGAGUCGUAAUUCUGCCGUCCGUGAAAAACAUUGAUAUCGUCGAAGAUCGUUUCACAGAGAACUUCCAGCUUUCCAUCAAGAAGGUUGGAGUGGCCGAUGGUGGUAAAUAUACGUUGACUGCUACCAACGAGUUCGGAGAGACAGCAGCGCACGCUACCCUCACUGUGCACACCGGCGAGCCCAUCUUCACCAAGCCCCUCCAGAAGCAGACAGUGAAAGACCACGAGACUGUGACCCUCAAGGUGCGCUGCGACGGCGUGCCCAAGCCCGAGGUCCACUGGUUCAAAGACGGCCAGGAGAUCAAGAAUGAUGAGAGGCAUCAGAUCACCACGGAGGUUGGGGGACAAGUGGAUAGCGAGCUGGAGAUUAAGGACUUUGAUUCUAGUGAUUCUGGAAAGUACAAAGUCCGCGCCGUGAGCUUAGCAGGCGAAGCGUUCUGCGAAGCUCCCGUCUCCCUCGCACAGUCCGCGCCAGGGUUCGCAAGCAGACUCGAAAGGCAAAAGGACGUCGACGAAGGCGAGCCUCUGGAACUCAAGGCUAAGUUGGAUGGCAGCCCUAUUCCUUCUGCCAAAUGGUUGAAAGAUGGCAUCGAGCUAUCUCCCUCCGACUCCCGCAUUAAGCAAGUCGCAUUACCCGACGGAACGGUCAAACUGACCAUCGAUCAAGUGACCCCAUCGGAUUGCGGAGCCUAUAAGCUAGUGAUCACCAACCCUAAUGGAGACGACUCUGCUUUAUGCGCUGUCGCUGUUAAUCCAACGCCCCGCAAGCCAUCCUUCAGCAAGGGGCUGGAAGACGUGAAGGCAGUAGCCGGGCAGCCGCUGAAACUGGAGGCGCGCGUCAUGGCCUUCCCUGCACCCGAAGUCAAAUGGUUCAAGGACGGUCACCCGAUCCGUCCAUCGCAAGCUAUCAACUUCAUCAACCAGCCUGGUGGCAUAAUCGGGUUGGUCGUGGACAGCUGCAAGCCUGAAGAUGCUGGAGUAUACAGCCUUACUGUUACUAACAAGCUUGGAGACAUCAGCUCCAAGGCCAAGGUCGAGGUUGCCCAAAAGGAGAAGAAGCCAGCGUUCAUCGCGGAGUUGCAACCGACGAAAGUUAUUGAGGGCUUCCCUGUGAGAAUGGAGGUGAAAGUCCUCGGUCAUCCGCCACCAACCAUCAAAUGGACCCACAACGGCAAAGAGAUCGUUCCAGACGGCAACCACAUCAAAAUCGUGGCCCAGCCUGAUGGCACCCACGCCCUGUUGAUCGAUAAAGCUACCGCGGAAGAUGGCGGCGAUUAUGGUGUUAUUGCUGUUAAUGACCAGGGAGAAUCGGCGAGCAACGCUAAACUGAGUGUUGCCAGCCGUCAAGAUGACUCGUCGCCACAAGAACGCCCGCGGUUCAUCCACGGCCUGCGCGACGUGACUGCCGAGGAAGGGCAGCCCUUCAGCAUCAGCGCGCCCUUCGUUGGCAACCCUAUCCCUGAAGUCACGUGGACCAAGGACGGCGUGCCUUUGAAGCCUAGUGAGAAUAUUCAACUCACUUGCGAUGGCAAACGGGUGGGUCUGGAAAUCUCACCCAUGGAACUCCCCGACGCCGGCGUAUACUCCGUGAAACUCGUCAACCCUCUGGGUGAAGACACCACGCAAGGCAAGAUCGAUGUCCGCAAGGUCUACCAACCCCCUAGGUUCUCGCAGAAGUUCACAGAUUUGCAGCAGCUCCCAACCUUCGACGCGAAAUUCCCCGCGCGCGUGACCGGCGUUCCGGCCCCAGAUAUCACCUGGUACAAGAACGGAUCUCCCAUCUACGAAUCCGAGAAAUACCACAUCAAGCGAGACGGUGAUGCCUGCUGUCUCUAUGUGAGGGAUCUGGAGCUUGGUGAUUCUGGAACGUUCAAGUGUGUUGCGAUGAACAGAGAAGGAGAGGCGUCGUGUGAAGCGGCUCUUGAAGUUGUGGAUAAGAUUGGCAAGAGGCAAAAGAUUGAGCCACCAGCGUUCUUGAAGAAGAUCGGCGACUGCGAAGUAUACCGAGGCAUGGGCGCCAAGUUUACUGCCUGUGCCACGGGUACCCCAGAUCCUGACGUCGAAUGGUUCCGUAAUGAUGAAAAGCUGUUCCCUUGCGAGCGCAUCCGUAUGGACAAGGAGACCACGGGCCUACUCCGUCUGACCAUCAGUGGCAUUGACCCCAGCGAUGUGGGCACCUACAAGUGCCGCAUCUUCAACCCACAUGGAGAGGCCUCUUGUACCGCCCAGCUAUCUUAUGACACCUUGGAGCCCCGUCAGAGUAAGAAGCCCAUCUCUGACCAGUACUCGGACUUUGACAAGAUGAAGAAGACGGGCGUGCCAAUGCCGCUGGCCGACAAGCCGAUCAUCUCUCGUAUGACUGACCGGAAACUGACUUUGUCGUGGAAGCCAUCUAUCCCACACGGACCGCGGUUCCCUGUCACCUACCAGGUGGAAAUGUGUGAGCAGCCUGAUGGCGAUUGGUUCACCGCUCGGACCGGCCUACGAUCCUGCGUCUGCGACAUCAGCAACCUCGAGCCCUUCCGGGACUACAAGUUCCGGAUCCGUGUAGAAAACAAAUAUGGCGUCUCCGACCCCUCGCCCUACGCCAUCACCCAUCGCGCUAAACUUGAACCUGACCCACCUAAGUUCAUUCCUUAUCUUGAACCAGGCAUUGAUUUCAGACCAGAAACUUCCCCGUACUUCCCUAAGGACUUCGAUAUUGAAAGACCGCCUCAUGACGGCUACGCUCAAGCACCUAGAUUCCUUAGACAGGAGCAUGAUUCCCAGUAUGGUGUGAAGGGACAUAAUGUUAAUUUGUUCUGGUUCGUGUAUGGGUACCCGAAGCCGACGAUGACGUAUUACUUCAAUGAUGAGCCGAUUGAGAUUGGAGGACGGUUCGAUUGGAGCUACACGAGGAAUGGGCAGGCUACGCUGUUCAUCAACAAGAUGCUGGAACGCGACGAGGGUUAUUACGAGGCCGUGGCCACCAACGAGCACGGUCAGACCCGGCAGCGAGUCCGUCUACAACUAGCCGAGUAUCCCACGUUCAUCAAACGGCCUGAGGAAACCGUCGCGCUUCAACGCCGCAGCGCCAGGAUCGAGGCCAGAGUCACUGGGAACCCGUACCCUGACAUCAAGUGGUAUAAGGACUGGCAGCCGCUCGCGGAAAGCUCUAGGAUCAAGAUGAAAUUCAUCGAGCCUGAUACCACGAUCCUGGUGAUCAACGACGCAAUCCUCAAAGACGAGGGUCUGUACUCCAUAUCCGCGCGCAACGUCGCUGGUUCCGUCAGUUCUUCUGCCAUGCUAUAUGUUGAAGAGGAGGAGCAUGUAUAUUCUAACAGAAUCCGCGAGCAUCCGCCUCGUAUCAAGCCAUCGACCAAACCGUUCGGAGACUUCUACGACCUUGGAGACGAGCUGGGCCGCGGCGUACAAGGCGUCGUAUACCAUGCCGCUGAGAGACUCACUGGUCGCAACUACGCCGCGAAGAUAAUGCACGGCCACUCCGCCCUGAAACCGUUCAUGAAGAACGAGCUCGAUAUCAUGAACCAGCUUAAUGAUAUCCACCUCAUCCGUCUACAUGAUGCUUAUGAGCACGACCACACGUUGGCGCUGGUUAGCGAGUUGGCUGGCGGUGGUGAACUUGUCAGAGACAGACUGCUCCGCAGCACCGGUUACACGGAGAGCGACAUCGCCGGCUACAUCAGGCAGCUGCUCAGGGGACUCAAGUACAUGCACGACAACAGCAUCGCUCAUUUGGGUCUUACGAUUGGAGAGCUUCUGCUGUCUCACGCUGGUUCCGAUCAGCUGAAGAUCUGCGACUUCGGCCUCUCGCGCAAGAUCAUGUUCAACAAGCUGGCCUCGCUUGACUACGGCUUCCCGGAAUACGUGGCACCUGAGAUCGCCAGCGGCGAAGGCGUCUCAUUCAACGCCGAUAUGUGGAGCGUGGGCAUCAUCACCUACAUCCUGCUGAGUGGCCACUCUCCCUUCAGAGGAAUAAACGACCGUGAAACACUCAUCAGAAUCCGGGAUGGGAAGUGGGACUGGCAUGACGAAGAGUGGUGGUCGAGACUCAGCUUGGAAUGCCGAGACUUCAUCUCAAAGCUGCUGGUAUACCGCUGGGAGGACAGGAUGGACGUGAACGCCGCCCUGAAUCACCCCUGGCUGACCGGAGCGGACAGGAUCCGAUCGGACGAAUACAUCAUCAGCACGGAUCGGCUCAGGAACUACUACAACUUGUACAGGGACUGGACAAGCAACGCCCAUUGUCGCAACUGGUUCCGACGUAAGCCUCUGAGUGGUGCCUUCGAGCAUCCGUCCAAGAUGGUCUAUCCGCCCGGAGAGAUCUAUACACCAGAAGGCACGCCGGAGCCAUCGUCGCGCGACCGCGGCGGUAGCCCGUGGGACCUCAAGUUCAAGCAGUGGGAACAUCCCGACUGGGAGGUCACCGCCACUUCAGAGAGCCACUACCAGAAUGGACCAGACACAUAUCUGCUGCAGCUGCGUGACGUCAGUUUCCCGGUUCGUCUACGCGAGUACAUGAAGGUCGCCUGCAACCGCUCUGUUGCGUACAAUAUCAACGUCAACGACUCUUACGAUCCCAGGACGCCCAUCAUCCGAGAGCGCCGUCGCUUCACCGACAUCAUGGACGAGGAGAUCGACGACGAGUGCCGCGACCGCAUCAACAACUACGGCACCGAGUCCUACACCAUCCGGCGACUCCGGCACGAGCUCGGCACGAGACUCGACAGCUAUGCGGAGGCCCAGGCCUUCAUGGAGUCCAAGAAGGAUGGUCAGCUACCGUUCUUUAGGGAGAAACCACAAAUAUUACCUAUCAGGGAGGGAGAGCCCGCACAGUUCUCGUGCUUUGCUGUCGGUGACCCGAAGCCAAGCGUCCAAUGGUUCAAGAACGACAUGGUCAUCGCCGAAGGCAACCGCAUUAAAAUCGAGCAAGAUGAGGAGGGACGCUCCACCCUCAAGUUCGAACCCGCCAUGCACCAUGAUAUCGGCUUCUACAAGGUCGUUGCUAGGAACAAGGUUGGACAGACACUCGCUAGGACCAGAAUCGUGGAAGCGACCACGCCAGAUGCUCCAGACAGUCCUACAUAUGCAGAUGUCUCCGACACUGAGGUCCUACUCCGAUGGAAGCAGCCCAAAUACGACGGAAACUCUCCAGUCAUUUGCUACAAUUUACAGUACAAGGAGGGCGACAGCGUUGAGUGGCGUGACGUAGCUUCCAACAUAGACCACGAAUUCUACGUCCUCAGAGACCUCAAACCGAACACCAGCUACCAAUUCCGUUUGUCAUCUAAAAAUAGAAUCGGCUGGAGUGACAAGGGAAUUCCGACCAACUUAGUCAAGACAAUGGAAGCUGGCGCGCCUAAAAUCGAAGUCACGAAAGCCAUGAGGCAUUUACAGCAAAUCACAGAGUCCGGAGAAGAAGUUGUUCUGGACGAAGAUAGACCUAAGCUCAGUUACGAAACUGAAGAGAAUCCUAUAGAAUGGGAAUCUUCUGAUACAUUCACUGAACGCUACAGCUUCAUAUCUGAACUCUGGCGCGGGAAGUUCUCAAUCGUAGUCAAAGGUGUCGACAAACGCAACGACAGCGUAGUAGUCUCCAAAAUUCUAGAAUACAAACCAGAAACAGAGGUCCUAAUCAACAGGGAAUUCGAAUGCCUAAGACGAUUAAGGCAUGAAAGGAUAUCGAACCUUAUAGCCGCUUACCAAGCGCCUGGCUCGCCUGUGGCAGCUUUCAUUAUGGAGAAACUGCAAGGCGCUGAUAUCCUCACCUACUUAUCCAGCAGACACGAUUAUUCUGAGCAGAUGGUAGCGACUAUAGUGACUCAGAUUCUGGACGGUCUCCAGUACUUGCACUGGCGAGGGUAUUGUCACUUGGACCUGCAGCCUGACAACGUUGUCAUGGCGUCAGUCAGAUCCAUCCAGGUGAAAUUGAUCGAUUUUGGCUCAGCGCAUAAAGUCACGAAGCUUGGCACGAGCGUGCCGCAGGUCGGAGAUUUGGAUUACAAAGCACCUGAGAUCGUCACGGACGAGCCAGCGUUUCCACAGACAGACAUCUGGUCUCUGGGCGUCCUCGCGUACAUCAUGCUGUCCGGAGUCUCGCCAUUCCGAGGGGGUAACGACGCAGAGACAAAACAGAACAUCGCCUUCGUCCGGUACCGGUUUGAGCACCUAUACAAGGAGAUCACACAGGAAGCGACUAGGUUCCUGAUGUUCCUCUUCAAGAAGGUCCCACUAAAGCGACCAACGGCUGAGGAGUGCCACGAGCACCGCUGGUUGACGCAGUCUGACUUCAUGAACAAGAAGCGAGAGAGAGCAGUGUUCUUAGGCAACAGGCUAAAGGAAUUUUCCGACGAAUACCACGAGAGGAAGGCCGCGGAAGCUGCCCAAGUGGACAUGUCUGCGACCGUCUCCUCGGCCUUCGGACAGGCGCGGCGGCUGAUGCGAUCCAACAGCAUCCAAGAAGAGUUGCAGACCAACUUCCAGAGCCACUAGGGCAUCUGUCUACUAAUCCACUAAGUCUGUACUGUUAAGGCUAGCUGUCAAAGAAAAACUUUAGUUUA